AUGCAGCACACGGCGGCGCUGCGGCGGUCCGGCGUCGACGCGCGCGCGUGCCAUCCCGGUUUGGUGUGGACGCCCAUGAUGCGGGGCUUCUUCGGGCCGCGGCUCUGCGCCUUCCUCGGGCCCGUGCGCCGUCGCUUAUUUCGCACGCCGGAGCAGGGCGCCGCGACGGUCCUCGCCGCGGCGCUCGAGGAAAGUCUCGAGGACGCGGACGGCGACCUGAUUUACUUCGUCGACGGGAGACUCGCGCCGCGAGCGGCGUCGCCCGAGGCGCGGACCCAGGAGCUGCCGCCGGACGUCGCCGCCCUGCUGCGGCGCGGCGUGUCGUAA